AUGCGCCGCCGGGUCCCACGUCGGAGUGAUGGAGCGCCUGACCCCGGGGUCAGCCAGUCAGCGCACCGCAGCUCAACAGAGAACGGGCUGCCGCGGCGGCUACGCACCGCCUACACCAACACGCAGCUGCUGGAGCUGGAGAAGGAGUUCCACUUCAACAAGUACCUGUGCCGGCCGCGGCGCAUCGAGAUCGCCGCCUCGCUGGACCUCACGGAGCGGCAGGUGAAGGUGUGGUUCCAGAACCGCCGCAUGAAACACAAGCGGCAGACGCUCAGCAAGGCGCUGCUCGACGACGGCGGGGGCAAAGGCGGUGCCGGCAGCUGCCAGAACUGUGACAUCGCGGCACCCGGCGCGCAGCCGCCGCCCCCGACGUCCGCCUCCGCGCCGGGCGCGGCGCCGCCGCCCCCCGUGACCGCCGCCUCCGGGGGCGGCACGGGCACGGCCAGCUCGGGGGCGAGCAGCGUGUCCAGCUCCAUCAGCAGCGCCUUCGACAAGAUGGCCACCGAGGACGACUCGCGCUCCACCGGGUCGCCACCUGGCGGCCCGCACCAACAACACGCGGCGGUGAAGCAGGAGUCGGCAGCCGCCGCCGGCAAGACGCCCCCGCCGCCCACGUCGCUGCUGGUGUCCACCAAGCGGGAGACAGUCUCCGUGCUGGACUCUGCGGCUCUCACGCCCGCCUCCACGCCCAGCCCCGGGGGCGGCGGGGGCGGAGCCGGGGGAGGGGUGCCCGGGGGUGGAGCCUACGGCAGGCCGCAGAGCGGGGUGCCGCCUCCCGGCGUGCUGAGGGGCGCCGUGGCCGCCGCUGCCGCUGCCCAGCCGUGCUUCAGCCCCCAGAGGCUCUACCAGGACAACAGCCCCUUCCUCAGGCAAUACCCUCGACCGAACGGCAUGCAUCCGUCGCCACGGGGAACCGCGUCUGGGGGCGUGAGGGCGGUAGGCAGUGGCGGGGGCGUGGUGGUGAACCCGGCCUACCAGGCCCCCCAGCCGCCCCCACAGCCGCCCCCACAGCAGCAGGCUCCGCCGCCGAUGCAGCCUCAGCAGGGCCUGUCCCACCACCAGUACCACGCACUGCCCGCGCACCAGUCCGGGGGCGGCUACACCAGCUACAACGGCUACCAGCCGGAGGCCGCUGCCGGCUACGGGGGCUACCGGCAGCACCAGCACCAACAGCACCAGCAGCCACCCGCCCACCACCAGCAGCACCAGCCGCAGCAGAUGGUGGCCGCCGGCUACCAGCAGCACCACCACAACUACCCCCACCACGACCAGUAUACGGCGGCCGCGUACGCCGCCGGGGUCUACGCCGACGGGGGCGGGGCCUACAACCCGGACAGCGUUCACCACCAGCACAUGGUGCACCACCAGGCCGGGUCGGAGUACUACCACGACGGCAUGCACCACCACCACCACCACCACCACCACGCCCACGCGCACCAGCACCACCAACCGCAGCAGCAGCAGCAGCACCAGCACCAGGCCGGCCCCAUCGUGGCGCAGCACCAAUCCUUCGUGCAGCAUCCCCACCACCAACACCACCAACUGAACCACGGGCAGCAGCAGCUCGAGUACACCAAGCACCAGCAGCAGCACCACCACUACUACGAGCACCACCAGCACCAAGGGCACCACCUCGUGCACCAGGGGGGCGACGCUUCCACCAUCCCGUCCAAUUUCGUCUCGUCGCCCGACCCUUUCCCCCUGACCAACGCCAACUCCAACGGCACUGCCAACGGCGCCAACAACAACAACAACAACCCCGGCACGCCCAACAACAACAGCAACAACGGCGGCAGCAACCAGACGACGCCCAACGGCGCGCCCCCGACGCCGGCGUCGGCGUCUUCGGCGACGAUCAUGACGCCCCCCACCAGCGUCCACCCCUCGGAGGGCUCCGGAGAGAGCGGCGGCUUCGGCACCGGGGGCGGCGGGGGCGGCUUCCACCACUUCUACAGCGAACCGCCCCCGGAGAGCAGCAACAGCUCGGCCGAUUUCAAUUUCCUGAGCAACCUCGCCAAUGACUUUGCCCCCGAAUACUACCAACUGAGCUGAAGGCUACGCUCUGUGAACUGAAGACACCGUGUGCCGAACAUUUCUCCAGCUGCCGUGCAGCGGACAGCUUCAAUAACAGGAAAACGGCAGCUGAUCCGGCAGCUUCCCCAACUUCGCCCCGGAGUAUUUCCAGCAAAGCUGAAAGUUAUGCUCCACUGAAGUUACGAGGCUGUGUGUCGGUGGUUGCCUCAACUGCCCAGUGACGAAUAGCUUUAAUUACGCAUUGAUGAUGCCACUACAGUCUUAAAUCACUCAGAAAUUUUUACGAACCCGACACGCUUUUUAGAUGAACACUACUAAACUGGACAUGGAGUUGUUUUCCCAUUGCCUUAACGAACUAGAGGGCUCCUCGCGUUUCUCAGAAUUUUACAUGUCAUCUAAAUGAAGUUGAAUUAUUAGCGUGUGUGAAGCAUGAUUUUAAAAUCAAGCGAAGGUGACAAAAAGUUCAACAGUCGCAAAUGUUCUUUACCUGACCUCAAACUGACCAGCGUUUUAGAACUGAACGUCAAGAUUCCGAUGCACACACACGCAGACCUCCUUUUAGCUGUACCUCUCCGGACUGCCAUUCCACUUUCUCAAUAGAAAAAGGGCUAUGACUCAGUUCAAGUAUGGACAACUUUGACACACUUUAGUGUUUCAAAUGAACGUUUGAUAUACAGGGUCUUAAUCACUGAGCUAGAAUGUCCCUAGUCAAUCGGUUUCCUUCCUUCUGGUUUUGCUGUCAAAUGAGUUUGCUAUAUUUUAUCGUAGGACGCUGUUUAUUUGCUGGGAUAGAUGGCAAACGCAUGAUAAGAGCCAAAGAGCCGUGUCUCUCUCCUUUCUUAAUUCCCCCCCCCCCUUUUUUUAAAUAUCUCUAUAAUUUGGUCGAGCGAGAGUAUACCAGACAUCUGAAAUGUUGGUCACUUGAAGAACACCAUCUAUUAGUUAAAGUUAUUCUAUAUAUCGUUCGUGAAUGAAAUCACUUUUUUCUUCGUGACUGCCUUCCGUCAAACAGAUUACCGUGCCAUUUUUUUACGCGCUUAAUCGUCACAAAUUACAUUCCUAAAUGAAUAUAGGAGUCACACUUGCUACGAAUAUUUUUCAUUUGUAUGGCAAAGAGUACGGAUUUCAAGUGACAGUCUGUUCCAAGUAAUUAUUUGGUCUCGACUCCACUUUUUAAUGGUAUGAACACAUUCGUUGUAUGUACUGCAUUUCGUCUCAAACUUAUCCAGAUUUUCUUACCGUAGCUCACUUUUUCCCUCGAGUUUAUGCAGAUACGGCCGUGCAUUCCAUUCUCACAAAUUGCUUCGUUGGCGUGCCAGAGUUAAUAAUCGACUCUGUAUUAAAGUGGGCAUAUUAUCUUCAUAUAGUGCGUUAUCUCUGCGGUUUUCCACACCUUGUGCUUCCGUAUAAUUAAAAUUGCUCGCUUCCGGUAGGUAAUUAAACAUAACACCGAGGCGCUACUCCGUGACCAGAUAGCACAUCGUAAUCAGGAUCUCUCUCUUUUCCGUCGUUUCUGUCAGAAAGCAACUCGCGGCAUGACGGAAGCGCGUUUUCCUCAAAAUGUUACGCAGUGUGGAACUUACAGCACUGUUCGUUUUGUCCUAAUUCGCCAUUUGUACAGGAUAGUGGGAACCGCGGCAAAGUACUCUAGAACGUGCCGGGAAGGAAAUAUUCAUGACCUGAAACAUAUUGAAAAGCUACUUCACAUGUCACUUAAACUCGGCCGCAGAUUUCGUCUACAUAUAGCAAGUAAUUCGUGUAUACUAGGAGCUGCCAUUUAUUUAACCGAAUAUACGUCACCGUAUUAAUCUUUUGAGCACUGAUAGCUGCAGGUUUACUUGGAUUUCCUGUGCCAUCGUAGUUUUGAUCGCGGAUGUAGUUAUCUUCCAGAAAAAUCGUCUCAUGCGUUCUGAUACGGCCUAUUCCCUGCGCUGACAAAGCAAGGUUUCGCAAUAUGCUAACCAGUUUCUCGUAAACUUUCUAAUUUGUGACCAGUUACACGGAGAUUGUAGACGCGGAUUGGAUCACAUUUCCCCUGCCUCGCCUGUACCAAAGCUGUCCAACGAAAAUGACCGUUUUUUUUUUUUUUUUUUUUUUUUUUUUUUUUUUUUUUUUUUUUGGGAACAUACCGUUAGUCAGCCACAUAAUCAUGAUAGUCUGUAAUCAAUGUAAUGCCUAUUUCACGUGUUGCAUUUCCAUCAGUUGCUGCGAGUCCUCCAUGAACGUUCUCUACUUAACACGCUUUCCAGAAAACUAUUUCUUUUAACAGGGGAGAAGACCAAUAUUACAUAGAAGUUAGCGUGGAAUACAGACAGAAUCAGAAACACAUUUUACAAUGAUUUACUCAAAGGAGACACACUUACUAUUUACAAUGUGCGAUCGUGCGUUACCAUUUAAUAACGAGAAUCUUACGUCAGUGUAUUGCUUAGCGUAUUUAGAAUUACAUUAAACGUUUUUUAAUCCUGUAAAAUAUCACCAGAACCAGAAUCUAUCAAUUUUAUUUCCAGUCUACGACUGAUCCGGCAAUUGGAGCGCAACUUCUCGAUACUGUUGCAGAUGGCGUUUUCAGAAUUAUUACAAUUCUGAAGAAGGCUACGCAAUACAUAUUACCAUCAAUUACACACUUAGAAUCCGUUUACUGAUAUUUCGAGCAUCAAUAAACUAGAUAUUCACUAUAUUUAUAGCAGAAACCACCGCUUAUAUUCUUUUCCUAGGUAUUAAAGACGUCAGGGAGCUAAGAACGCACCUUCAGGAUUAACCAAAUGUAGCCAAGUCUCAUUUCCAAUAAAUUAUUGCCUCUCACGGAAAACUAUCAUCUCGCUGCAAGACUGAAGUCGAGUUUCGCUUGUAGCGUCCCUUAUUACCCGUUACGUCACUCGGCGGGAGAAAUUACCUCCGUGGCGUGUGUAAUUUUCCCGUCAACGCUGCGCAUGCCGAACCAAUAAAAUUACUGCUCCACGCUAUUCGUGAUGUUGUUCGAUAAUCUCUCGCUUUCAAUUUCUCGCACAAAAGCAAUGAAAGCCAAUCUUUUCAUUUAAUUGUGAACCAGCGCUCAACAUUUAAGUACUCAGUGAAUCUCUGAUCCAUGACUUUUUUACUGAACUUUCGUUUCUUCGUAUAGAUCUAAGUCGGUUUUUGGGCUCAAAAGUGAACAUUCUAAAGCAGCUGAUCCGAAUUUCGUUCCGUUCUUCGACCAUCUCAUCCUUUCCCAACUUCCUUAUUUGUCACGAGGCCUUAGUUAAGUGACUAAAAAUAUUUUUAAGAAAAUGCUGUGAACACUGCUGACAUAUCUAAACUGUGUCCUGAGGCAAAACGCCAACCUGGAUUUUCAGCCUUGUUAUCUACCGCAAGAUGUCUCAGGAACCGACAUAAAAGGCUUACUCGCAUCACAUCUUCGGACGGAAAACUAUAUCCCACGAAAUGCGAAGCCCCACGUUUGAUGCCCGCCAGGACAUGGAGGUUUCACACCCGUAAUCUGAAUAAUAUGAAAACAAAAUAAUAUGAAAAUUAUCUUGUACGGAAAUAAGUGGGGUCGACGUUCUCGGAAAUACUUCUCCAUUUUCUUCGGCACCAUACUGCCCUUUUCCUUGCACUUUUCUCUCAGAGGUGCUCUGGUACACAGUCAGUCUACCUUGUUAUUGCUAAUGCUACUCCUAGGUCACCUUCCACUAACAUUCCACAAUCCUCUUGUCAAUCUAGGUGUCACUUUUCACAUAACUUCCACAACAUGUCAAUCUUCUCUCCUGAACUUUCUUCGAAAUCUUCGUCACUUUAACACUGCCUCUUACUCUCGGGCUUCUGAUCCUACUGUCUCUGGUGCCGCUACAAAUUUUUCUUCACUUUCAUCAUUUCGUCCACAUCCACUGCCGUAACCUGUGCGUAAGUUGAUGCUCAUGACUCGGAUCUACACAGCAUAGCACAUCUCGCUACUGACCUAUACACCAUUCCUUCAGAUUUAUUCAUCUAUCGCACAAUACACCUGGCUGCCUUUUCCUGUUCAUCUAACUUAUCUGCACUCUACGGUCUAUUGAGAAAUCUGAAUUGUCAUAGAAUACCACUGAUCCUAAAUAGUCAAAUCUGUCGACUUUCUUCAAGUUUUGUGCGUAUUAAGUAUUUUAUAUAAUCGAACUCUGGAGCGUAAACAAAUUUCAUUGUGAUUAUUAGUUGCAGUUAUAGAUAAGCCACGUUCAGACCAUAAAUAUAAUCUUGAUUAGUGUAACUGCCAUAACAGCUUAACACAUCGUCAUAAAUAUUAGUGUGAUAACAUUCAUACACACUGUGUAGGUAGAAUAAUGUGACAAAUCGGUCAUAUACAAUGAGAUGGAGGGAAGGUCGAAAAAAUAAUACUCGUUAAAGCUUAGGCACCGACACAUUUAAUCAGUGUUUAUGCUACAGACGACACAAAUAUUCAUUAAAUGUGUCAGUUCCUAAGCUUUAUGCCUUAGUUUUACGGCCUUCGUUAUAGCUGCUUGUAUACGAGUCAUGUCUCACGUUAUUCCACGUACACAUUCUGUAUCAGCACAGUCACUCAGAAUUUUUGUGACGAUAUAUUAUGCCGUUAUGGCAGUUACAGUAAUCAGGGCUGUGUUUAUGAUCUGAACAUGUCUCUUUUGUAGCUGAAACUAGUAGUCACAAUAACAUUUAUUUGUGAUCUUGACUUCGAGGAUAUAUUACGACAGAUAGAUCGUCCGCCCCUUCCAAUGUUGACAACGUCAACAAACACAAUUUUCUUUACGUUUUGUCCACCCAACUGGAUUGUUUUUUCCCCUUGUUCUCUGUCUUUCAAAGAUUUUCUUCAACUCUUCAACUUUCUUAUGUCAUUUCCAGCUCAUACUCGCUGGUGUCACACAGUGGUGUACCUGUUUCCAACUUUAAACCAACGCUCUUGCUCUUUAGCACCAUCUAAUACUAUUUCAAUGUACAGAUCGAAAAUAUAUUAGCUUCCCUAAAUAAAUAAAAAAUGAUCUUUUGUUCAACACCUACCCUAAUAAUGAAGGUAAAUAAAAAUUAAUACUUGUUUUGUAAAUGAAACUGCCUUUUCCUGCUGCUAGUUACUUCAUUUAUCCCAUACGCGUUUUGCCUUUUGCUGUUCUAAGGCAUCACCAGUGCGAUCUAUAACGAUACAGUUUUGUUAGUUUUAGAUUAUUAAGCAGCUCAAUUCGCGAUUUUUUUUAAAAAAGUAAUUAAAAGUAAUUACUUACGAUUUGCUGAUCUGUGUUUCCUCUGAUUUGAUCUGGAGGUUGCACUACCACAUAUAUCACUGUCAUAUAAUUACAUCUUUGUGUUUUCGUCUUCCACACGCUGUUCACCAUGUUUCUCACUCUUUUUUUGUGGUAGACUAUUGUUCUUUUGCCACUCGAUACAACUAUUUCGACAUACUCUGUUUUUCACGACGCAGAUAUUGCGACUCCAUUACGUGUUUCAUCUUCUUUGGUAUGUUUACCUAUUUGUUGCGAACCUAACGUAGUAUUUGUUCGAGACUAACUUCUAUUUAUGAAUUUUGUACCGUGCGUGUGUAUGAGUGAGAGAGGGGGAUAGAGCCGACGAUGGUAUAAACAUCAUAAAUUGUAGUUAGUCUCAAAUCUAUAUUACGUUAGGUUGGCAACAUAUAGGUAACCGUACCAAAGAAGACGAAACAUGUAAUGGAGUCAAAAUAUUUACGUUGUGAAAGACAGUGUACGACGAAAUAGUUGUAUCGAGUGGCAAAAGAACAGUAGUCCACCACAAAAAAGAGUGAGAAACAUGGUGAACAGUGUGUGGAAGGCGAGAACACAAAAAUGUGAUUAUAUGGCAGUCAUAAAAGUGAUUGUGCGACCUCCGGACCAGAUGUGAGGAAACGCAGAACAUCAAAUCGUAAGUAAUUACUUGUUUUUACAAAAAAUCGCGAAGUGAGCUGUUUAAUAAUCUAAAACUAAGAAAACUGUAUCGUUAUAGAUCCCACUGAUGAUGCCUUAGAACAGGAGAAGGCUAAACGCGUAUGGGAUAAAUAAAGUAACUAACGACAGGAAAAGGCAGUUUUAUUUACAAAACAAGUAUUUAUAUGCUUGCUGCGGAGGAUGGAUACACAAACAAACCUGUUAAAAAAAUUAAUGGUCAUUUUCGUUCGACAGCUUUCACAUGCAUUACCUGACUUGUAAAAUUACAUUGUUUUCUAAACUCAUAUAGAGUCACUGCUUUUCUGUUUCUAAGUUAAAUUAGGUACUCUGAUAGUUUGAUACCUAAUCUGAACAGGUUGACUGCAGUUGUAUUUUCCGCCUACAGUGCUCUUAAGCUUACACCAACUUACUAUUUGUACGAAGGCAGAAAAUUCACUGAUGGACGCCUAUUGUUACCGAGAGCAGAUUUUAAUGAAUGCUCGACCAGGUAGGGUUCAGAUGCGGAGGCCCCAUGAAUCACGUGGGUGAAAGGCCCUCAAAUUCCCCUGUCGCCGCGUCCACACUCAUAGCGUGCGGUAUUCAAGUGUCCAUCGCGGUGAGAGAGUCUUUUGUUUCCUCUCCCCAGCCAAAUUGCCGUCCUUUCUGUCGCCCACACAGUGGCAAGAUUCAUCGCCGCCAGCGCAGCGGACACAUUGUCGCUAGUUCAUAAUGAAGGUAACAGCUUGUAAUGCGGUCCUCCAGGGAGGGAAAAGACUUUGGUAAAAUAAUGGACACCAUCCCGUCAUGCGCCGCGGAAGAAAUUCCCUUGUGCUGAUAAACUACGAAACAAAAUCCGGAGUCGUUUCAAAAGUUUAUAUGCGAGGAGCCCGAAAUCUCGUGUGUAUGUGAUGUGUAAAGCAAAAUAUGAGUUUCUGUGACGGCGUGGGAUACGCGAACGCAGAUUUGGGCCGUCGUUCGCAGCAAGAAAAUGGAAAAACGCAACGAAAUAAAAAGUGGGAAUCAAAGAACGAAAAAUGUUAUUACUUGGAAUUAUUCUGCGAUCGACAGUUUGCAAUAAAAGGGCUUGAGAACUGUUGCAGAAUUCCUGCCCAAAUGAUUAUUGUGUAAUUUAUUGCUACAACAAAACAGACUACAACUUUUCCUCGUACUAUCGUUUUAGAUGUAUAGUGCUUUUUUCAGUCCAUUGUGGUGAAAGUAGGACAGAAUCGUCUAAAAGAAACAAGUGAAAACUUUGUAAGAGUUAAUCAAAACUUUGUUAAAGGAGAUUGAAAUAAGAAAAAAGAAAGAAGGGGCAAUAUUUGAACAAAUCUGUUCUUUAAUAUUACACGAUAGCUUAUUACUAGCUGAUAUUAAUGUUGUUGUUCCUUUGUUGUUUAAUGUAAAUACCACAAUAAUGAACUUUAUUAUUACUAAUCAAUAAUUACUAUUCCUUUAUGAUUAUUAUGUACAGCUCUAUAAAUGAAAAAUACGCCACUCGUUCUGUGGCGUAACAGAAAUAAAAUUACACAAAGUUUUA